CAGAGUACUAAGAAUAUAUUUAAUUCUUUUAAGAGCUUCGAGAAAGCUCUUAAGGAAACCUUUGAAGAUCCUAACAAAGAAUGUAUUAUAGCUCAGCAGCUUAUGAAUCUCAAGCAAACUAAAUCAGCUUCUGCUUAUAUAAUCAGAUUUAAAUAA